AUGCGAUAUGACCUAGAUCCAUGCCUGACCCAGUAUACUGCCCUCGCUCAACUCCUUGAAGACAAGGCGCUCGUUAUCCACCAUGAAGACUUGUUCUCCUUGACCGGGGCUGCACUACAGGGUCAACGCUGCUGGUUCUCUACCUGUAGUAGGGAACUAGCACUGCGACGAGAAUUAAGGGACUCGCUGCCAAACAACAACAACAAUGAAUCUAUCACAGGAGGCACAGAUCCCUUUCUGAACAGCGGCAACGGCAGCAACACCACCACUAACUUCCAUCGGCGGGAGGAGAGCGGCGACAGCGGAUGCGGUCUCAGCAACGUCAGCCACCCAAGGACACCAGAAGAUCUCUUGUCCACUCUGGAGGACAUGGACUCCUCUGAAGCUCCCACUACUGACCGUAAACCUGUAGAAAAGCAAGCACAACCUGCUCUCCCGCCCCUGUCCAGCAUGGGCGACUUCUUGGAGACCCUCCCCAGUACCAACGUUGACAUGGCCACCAUGGACCCUUCUGACAGUAGCACGGCAGUCACCUCCAUGGACAGCGAUGACCUGGUCCCGUCUCUACCCGAGGCCCUUGAUUCUGAUAUCCUCAACGUCGGCGAUGUCAACAGUCUUCUCACCUGGUUAUAGGGCCACAGUCCUCAACAUCCCUUCGUCCUGCAAUUAGUCCUCUGAAAGCAUUCUCUCUCGUUCUUGGGCCAUAAGACUUUGGAGCACUUGUAGCCACCAAGUGUUGGCUCAAGGUACAGUUCUUGACACAGUUUUAAGGGAUUAGGAUCUUAUUGCAGGUGGACUGGAUCCUGGAUAGGGUCAAAGGUCAAAUGUCUUGGGUCACAGGUUACAUGACGGAUCAUAUCAGGAUGCUGUAAGCUGUAAAAGUUCUGUAAAAGAACUUUGGGAUUGUGGUCAGGAACUUACCCCUUUGCAUGCCCUUGCAUUUCCCCUUGAUAAAAUGUAAGAUAUGACACAAACACGAAGAAACAAACAUGAUCGAUGCUGCCUCCUUGACAAAAUAGCACAGAGGUGGAGACGAUAUCAGUACUCUAUCAUUGUUGUCAUGACAAUGGGCGCAGCGACCUCCUAAAAAUUGUUGCAACGACGUAUAUAUUUCAGAAGGAACCGGAGAAGUUGUCAAUAUGAUAUCAAAAUCUUAACACCCUUAUCAAUGUGUAACAUGUUGCUUACCUGUACUUAAAGAUAUGUCUAUGUCUUAGUGGAGGUCUUCAAUGCUCUUUGAACAGUGCAGGCAGGAAGGUUUGGUAGUAGGUUUUUCAACUGCAUGAUGGAAGGUUUUUCAAAGUUUGCAAGGUUGAAUCUUAAGCAAACCAGUGUGCCAUGGCUGCUCUUGCCAUGCAUGUACAUGCCCUGAUGAAUCCAACCUCUAUUACCUGGUACAACACUGCUGCAGUUUCACAGUAUUGGACAUUCACAAGAUAUCAGAUAAUGUGCUCCAGAGGUGUGUCCGUACAGUAUGCCAAUGUGAUGUGCAUGUUGGCUUACGUUGAAAGACACUCGCAGAUUGGGAUUAAUGAAGGUCACAGAAUGUAUUCAAAUUUAUGCAUUUAAUUAAUCAUUUGUAAUUAUUCUUCAAGCAUCAUGUUCAAUAUUCUUUGUAUUACUGAACAUACAGGGCCGUGAAUUAUGCUAGAGAGCAUCAAAUCUUUUAAGGAUCGUCCUAAUUUUCAGGGGUUUUCUUUAAUUAGGCCAUCAGUUGUAUGACUCUAGUGCUGGUGGUCCAGAAGUUCUCCCACAAUGCACUGCUCUCCCCCUGAUCAUGUGAUGCAGAGGACAAUUUCUGUUUGGGAUAUUUCUGUAAUUUGUUGGUCAGAGUACCUGAAAAUCACCAUAAACUAAACACAGAGUAUCAUGUCUAUGCACCAGUCCCAUUUUACCAAUCUUUUAUAUGUAAUUAAAACCAUGGCGAUUUUUGUAGUCGAGAACAAAUACAAGCAAUGAUCUAUUUACUGCCUUUUAUACGAAGUGCCUUUACCAUUUAUUGUCUUAGAAAUAUGAGUAAUUAUUUAUGUACUGCCUUGACUUGGUGUAGAAGUCAUCACCCCAUUGGUCGGAUCAUAUAUAGAGGGCGCACGCUACUAAAUAUUUUUCAGUGGGACUACGUGUUAAAUACCAUGUGCGCAUUGGUAGUCUUGCAUGAAUCCAAAGUCACACUUUACUGCCUGUGAAACAUGCCCCCUUCCCCAAAUUCAGUGGUUUAUUUUUCUCCAUUGAGGACACAUUGUGCCUUUGUUUUUAUAGAAGUCCAGCCAAAGAAGACAUAGUUUUAUAUUGUAUGUGUAUGCGUGUCUUGUGUGAAAUAGAAAUGUAUUCAUCUUGCAGCCUUUUGCAGUACACUCAAGGUGUCGACGUGGUCACAGUUUGACUUUUCUGCCGUACUUACACCCAGGUAUUCAAGUAGAGAAUCAUUCUACAGUUUACGUACAGUACCUGCUUGGAUAAUGAUUAUAUUUAGUCCAAUUAUUGGUAUGAUAUUUCAGCCUAUGUAUUGAUUGCCUUGUAUGUGGCAAAUGAAUUUAUAUGAACCACUUUUGUAUGAUUGUUAUCUAUUUGUAUUCACGUUCCUUGCUCAUAACAGAAUUAGUAUUUCAUGUGUAGCAGUACUAUAUGUUCAUAUAUAUCUUGUAAAUAUAUGUUUGUAUGUGUGUUUGUUACAUUGUAUGUAUAUUGUCAGUUCUGUCAUAUUAUCAAUGAGGGAUGUUUAUUCAAAUGUCCAAAUUGAUUAGGAAACAUCACAUUUCAUAGUACUUUUACUGCCCCUUUCUCUUAUACAGUGCUCUCAAUGUUUUGUUUGUUGUGUACUUAAAAUAUGAAACAAAUGUGAUGUCAUGUUUUAUAUGACAAAAUACUUUUUUAAAAUAUGUACGAGAAGUUAAAUGUAGGAUUUUUGGUAUGGUGGGUUGCUCUAUCCUUUAAUCAUUGUACUACACAUAUUUCCUUCUUGUCUAUAUUCAAAGCCAAGUGUUUUGUGAAUUUCCUUUGAAAUUACCCUUUCCUAAAAGAAAAUCUAUUUCUGUACAUGUAAUUCAUUUGUAAGGAAGGUGCUACUAUGUUUUCGUUCAGUGACCUCAAAAAAUCGAAUGGUAUUUUCAGAUCCUCACAAUAUUUAUGAAAUUGCUUUUGAAAGAUAAACAUACCAUUUGACAAACCAUUGAGCAAACGAGUAUAUUCAUUUAAAUUGCUUAUUCGUAUAUUUUUCAUAAAUUGUAUCACUUGUCCCAAUUACAAGUUGUUCUUGAAACUUGAUACUUUUAUCUAGAUGCAGUCCUGUCAGCCAUCUGAAGUGCAACAGCUGUAGUAAAAGAAAUAGAUAAAAAGAGAUAUCAAAGCGAAGGAGAGAGUUUUCCUUUAGAUAGAAAGGGAUGGAAUAAAAGUUAUCUAUGUUUUAUAUGAGAGGAUAACAGUACUAUUAAACACACACAAGAAAAUCAACAAAAACCAGCUAAGACUGGAGAUUUAUCUGUGUAUAAAAACCAGCAAACUGUAUUCAAAAUGGUUUUUAGUUUACUUAAAUUUUAUUUUAUUCAAAUAUUGUAUCUUGAUUUUGAGUGAUGAAUUUAAUCACUUCCAUUUGAUUUUGUUUUCAUUUUGAAGAUGUUUCUUUUUUCUUUUUAAUUCAGAGUGAUUCUCUUUUAUUUUCUGAGUGCUGGGAAGAUCUUACAGAUUACCUUUUUGCUCUCAUAUUAGCGUCCUAUUUUAUCUUUUUGGAACCAGAAGGAUAUGAAUCAUGUGAAUUGUUUGUGUUUUACACUUUCAAUAUUCUAGAUGCAAGCUUCCUCUCUCCAGAAAUACGAAAUAACAAUAUCAAGAAGUAUUCAGAUUUGGUUUAGGACAUGGUUUCAAACAUGAAAUUGUUUUUUGUUCAGUUCAUAAUCAACUUCAUAUUUUUUUCUGUUUUCUCUUCCUUUUACAUGUCACAAAUAUUUCCUCAUUAUUGAGUGAAAUAACAACACAGCUAAUUUAGAACUAUGGUUUUGAAAUUUAUUUUGCAUUAUUUAUUGAACAUUUUCUUGCAAUGCCAAACAAGAAUUGGUGUUGCAUUGAGCAUUGUUCGGUAUAAAGGUCAAGAAAAACAAUAAAAGUGGUCUCAUAUGAGCAGGUGAACUUUAUGGACAGGUUUCUUUAAUGCAUGUUUCUAUGGAGAAAAAAAUCAGAGAAAAACCAAACCAGUGUUCCAGGGGGUUCUUACAGGCAAAACGGGUUUUACUCUUCCAAAGCAGGUCCUCAUCUUACUAGGAGUUACGAUUCAUCCAAUCAAUCUCAACUUUAUGGAAAUGCAUCCAUACCAUAAAUUUUCUUCAAUAAAUUUGCACAAUCUGCUUAGUAAAACAAAGAGAAUCACACCGAAUCUUCAAGAGAACGAUGAAUGUAUGAAUAUACAUCAUACCAGUACCUAGAAAGUAAUUUGAACAAAUUAGCAUUUUAGAUAUUGACGUUGCUGGUCAUCCAUAGUUGUGGUUGAUCGGAUCAAUCGCAACUAUGGAAAGCCAGCAAAGUCAACAUAUAUGAAAUGCAUGUUUGUUCAAAAAAAUUUCUAGAUAUGAAUGAAUAUCCAUAAAGUCAUUGAUUUCUUGACAAUGUGGUGUGUUUUCCUUUGUUUACAAAGGACAUUUUGCAAAUUUCGUGUAGAAAAAAUUAUGACACUGAUGGAUUUCCAUAGAGUUAUGAUUGAUUGGAUCAAUCGCAAUGCUUUGUAAGACGGGGCCCAGAUGUAUUUUACAAAGGGGGAAAUGUAUUACUUGCAUAUUAAAAGAAAAUACUUCAUGUGUACUACAUGUCUACCUAUCAUUCAGUACAAUGUAAUGUUGGCCUUAAAGUACAUAUCACCUUUUCAGUACUGCAUUGUAUAUUGUAUGGAAUCAAUCAAGCUGUACUUUAGUAUAUUGUGUAUCAUAUCUCGUGAAAUCUUUUCUAUUUGUAUUCAAGUAUAAAAUGUAACAGAAUGGAAUUCAUUUUUUAUUUAAAGCCAAAGUGUCCUUUCUAGUUAUCCAUUGCGUACAUCAUUUUCAGGAGCCAAUGGUUGUACUACUUGCUAGUUUUCUGAUUUUGUACAGUAAUGUAUCAACAUGGUAUUCCCAACUUUACAAUCGUGUUCUAGUAUUAAUACGUAUUCUGUUGUUAUACACCUUUUGAAAGAGAAAAUGUGUUUAUAUAUAUUUAAUAUACUUUUAAUCAAGCAUUUUGUAUUGAAAUAAGCCAAGGAUAACAAAAUCUUUUUGACUCUUCUAGUAAAAAUCAAAGUCUGUAUUGUAUCGGAUUUCUCCCAGCAAUAAACAGAAUUCACUACUUUUAUUGUUUCAGGUAUUCAUCAAGUUUAUUCGUCUGAAAAAGCUUUUUGCCAAAUGAGGUCAAAAUUCGGAUAUUUAAAAAAAAAUGUCACAAAUCUAUGCAUGCAUGCAUAUACCACAAAGUGCCAUUGUCAGUGUUUUUCUAUAUUUUUGAUAGCUUAAGUGCCUUUAAAAGAGUUUUGUAAUAAUUUGUCAUGCAAUUCAGCCUCUCAUAUUGAAAGUCAUACUACAGCUAUAAAUCAUGUUCCAUAUUACAUUUUUUAAACCCAGUAUUGUCAUUUUGAAAAAUUUAUCAUCAUUUCCCUUCUUAUUUAAAUAUUGCAAGACUACAUCAUUUCAGGUCUGUAUAGAUGACAUGUCCGUUUAAAAAUUCUCAUCAGAGCCUUUUCAACAUACUUUUCAGGAUGCUGGUGUCGUACUUGGUCUUUAAGAGGAUUAUGCGUCUUCAUACAAAGGUCAACUUUGUGUGACCUCUCAAAUUAUGCCAAAAUGUACAGAUUUGUUUGCAUGUUGGUGUCGUGCAUAACCAACUUUGUAUGGAAGAGAUAAGGAGAGGUUCAUUGGAUCAGUGAAAGAUACCGGUGAAUCAAAUGAAUUGACAUGAUUUGGAAAAAAACUAUAUUAUUUAUUUUUGCACAUGAUGAUCCAUGUUUAAUCUUUGUGGAGGCAUUUUUCAAAGCAAGCAUGCUGUAUAUAUGACAAGGUGUGAUAUUUUCAGUCUCUGCGUACAAUUAGUUUACUAUUGGCAAAUCAAAUUAUUUGUUGAUUAAAGACAUACUUGUACAUUUGUUAUCUAAACUACUGCAAGCUUUAAUUGACCAAGGUGUUAGAAUUUUUUAUACAUUAUGUGAAAUAAGGAUUUUUCACUUUUUAUUUGUCUCUUAAUCAACUAGUAGCAUGAUAUUUUUAUAGAGCAUUAUGAUAGUUUGUACAUCAUGGACAGUUUUGAAAUUUGUAUUGAAGCCAUGAACAGUAACUGGAAUGUUUAAAUUGCAAAGAUUAUUUCCGUCUUCCUAUUUUGUAGUAACAGAUCAAAUCCAAAUUAAUUUUGAUAAAUAUAUUUCAUGAAAUCAAAGUACUGUUAAGCAUCUUCGAGAAACUUCAUUUCUAUUUCAGUAUAUUGUCUUCUAGCUCCAAGGUAGCUAGAUACUAUGUUGUAUAGUAAGUUCCGCAAGAAGGUUGUAAGUGCUAUUACUAUAAUGACUUGGUACAUUUUGUGGACUAGUUCAGUGAAUUUGAAUUUUUACGAUGAAUAUGAGAAUUUCUGUUUUUCACAAUCAGGAAAAUUGACCUGUUUUGGCUAGCUUUUGCUUGUGAGGCUGCAAUCUUCAUGACACCUUUGUUGUAGAUGACUGCAAAAUUGCCGAUGUCAAUUUAACACUAGCUCGGAAUCUAUUAGGUCCACACCAGUUUGGAAUCAAACCGAUGCUGUUUUGAUAAUUGGUGUUGUAUAAACAUGUCUGGUGUUAGACCAAAACCAAACUGGUGUUUAACACUUCUCUGGUGUGGACAUACAUAGAUUCCGGGCUGGUGGUAAAUCAACACCAGAGUUUUUUCAGUGUAGCAUAGUUUCAGAUGCAGCAUGAUAAAGUGUUGAGAUGAUGCUUGAAACAUCGCAAGCAAAAGUUUGCCAAAUGAGGUAAAAGCCAUGCGAUUAAAAAAAAGGUUUUUUUCUUUAUCAUCAACUUAUCAGAUGGCAUGUCUUCUGUGAUGUCAUGAAUAUUUUUUAUUUUGAAGAAUAAAAAAAUGGAUUCUGAAUUUUAAUUGAAUGUUACUUCAAACCUCAUCUUCUUUUAAACCAUGAAAUAUAUCUUCCUGUAAAUAUUAUUCUGAAUAGUGGGCUACUUCAUGCCAGUAAUGUACAUAACUUAGCAUGUUUUCAAAUUUCCAUUAAUUGAUUUCAU